GGCGUCCGGCGCGCGGACGGCCUGCUGGGUGGGCUGGGGGCCGAGCAGCGCGAGGGUGAGGCGGAGAGAGAAGGGGCCAAGGAGCAGCCACGGCGACAGAAAAAUUGCAAGACCUAGUCCAAGGAACGCCCAGAUUCACCAGUUGUUGGUGUACACGCUUGUUCAAACGUACUGAGCUGACUACUUAAGAUCUGGGCAUUUUACGGUUUUCUACUAACAAAAGACCAUGACUACUGAUGAAGGUGCCAAGAACAAUGGAGAAAACCCAGCAGCAGCUGUGGCUGAACGCGGAGAGGAUAUUACCUCUAAAAAAGAUAGAGGAGUAUUAAAGAUUGUCAAAAGAGUGGGAAAUAGUGAGGAAAUGCCAAUGAUUGGAGACAAAGUUUAUGUCCAUUACAAAGGAAAAUUGUCAAAUGGGAAGAAAUUUGAUUCCAGUCAUGAUAGAAACGAACCGUUUGUCUUUAGUCUUGGCAAAGGUCAAGUUAUCAAAGCAUGGGACAUUGGGGUGGCUACCAUGAAGAAAGGAGAGAUCUGCCAUUUACUGUGCAAACCAGAAUACGCAUAUGGCUCUGCUGGCAGUCUCCCCAAAAUUCCCUCGAAUGCAACUCUCUUUUUUGAGAUUGAGCUCCUCGAUUUCAAAGGAGAGGAUUUAUUUGAAGAUGGAGGCAUUAUCCGAAGAAUCAAACAGAAAGGAGAAGGAUAUUCAAACCCAAACGAAGGAGCUACAGUAGAAAUCCACCUGGAAGGCCGCUAUAAUGGAAGGAUGUUUGAUUGUAGAGAUGUGGUAUUCAUCGUUGGGGAAGGAGAAGACCAUGACAUUCCAAUUGGAAUUGACAAAGCCCUGGAGAAAAUGCAGCGGGAAGAACAGUGUAUUUUAUAUCUUGGACCACGAUAUGGUUUUGGAGAGGCAGGGAAGCCUAAGUUUGGCAUUGAGCCUAAUGCUGAGCUGAUAUAUGAAGUUACACUGAAGAGCUUCGAAAAGGCCAAAGAAUCCUGGGAGAUGGACACCAAAGAAAAACUGGAGCAGGCUGCCAUUGUCAAAGAGAAGGGAACUGUGUACUUCAAGGGAGGCAAGUACAUGCAGGCAGUGAUUCAAUAUGGGAAGAUCGUAUCCUGGUUAGAGAUGGAAUAUGGCUUAUCAGAGAAGGAAUCUAAAGCUUCUGAAUCAUUUCUGCUGGCUGCCUUCCUGAACCUGGCCAUGUGCUACCUGAAGCUUAGAGAAUACACCAAAGCUGUUGAAUGCUGUGAUAAGGCCCUUGGACUAGACAGUGCCAACGAGAAGGGCUUGUACAGAAGGGGGGAAGCCCAGCUGCUCAUGAACGAGUUUGAGUCGGCCAAGGGCGACUUUGAGAAAGUGUUGGAAGUUAAUCCCCAGAAUAAGGCAGCGCGACUGCAGAUUUCCAUGUGCCAGAAAAAGGCAAAGGAGCACAAUGAGCGGGACCGCAGGAUAUAUGCCAACAUGUUCAAGAAGUUUGCAGAGCAGGAUGCAAAGGAAGAGGCCAGUAAGGCAGUGGGCAAGAAGACUAUAGAAGGGGUCGUCAGCCGUGAAAAAGAACCAGAGGGGCAAGUGAUGGAAGAGAAAGCCGGAGGCCACGUAUGACACCACGCCAAGGAGGGAAGAGCCCUGAUGAACUCGGCCCCCUCCUCCAUGGGCUUUCACCCUACUCAGGACUAAACAGUGUUUAAUGUAAAGUUUGUUAUAGUCUGUGUGAUUCUGGAAGCAAAUGGCAAAACCAGUGGCUUCCCAGAAAACAGCCACCCUGCUGCUGCCCAGUGUUCUCCUCGAGGGGGUGGCAUGGGACCACUCCAGGUGGAACAAAACAGAAAUGACUGUUGGUGUGGCAAGGCUGAG